AUGCUGAGUGCGGUGCUCUGCCCCAAGUCGCAGGCCAAUUCUGCCCAUUAUUGGCCUCUUCACAUGUUCCUGCUGGAGCUGCUGAUACCGGGAGUCCUGCCCAGCAUCUCCAGAUUACCGCCCGCAGCCAAACGCGAGAUCAUCAUGGACGGGGACUUGGUGAUUGGGGGCCUGUUCCCGGUGCACGAAAAAGGUGACGGGAUGGAGGACUGUGGGAAGAUCAACGAGGAGAGGGGCAUCCAGAGACUGGAAGCCAUGCUGCUGGCGCUUGAUGAGAUUAACUCCAGCGAUCGCAUCCUUCCCGGGCUCCAGCUGGGGGCCCACAUCCUGGACACCUGCUCGAAGGACACCUACGCUCUGGAGCAGUCCCUGGACUUUGUCAGGGCCUCUCUCACCAAGGUGCAAGAUCCGGGUUUCAUCUGCCCCGACGGCUCCAGACCCAUCCAGAAUGAGGUUCCGCUGGCCAUCUCUGGAGUCAUUGGAGGAUCCUACAGCGAUGUGUCUAUUCAGGUGGCCAACCUUCUGCGAUUGUUCCAGAUCCCUCAGAUCAGCUAUGCCUCCACUAGUGCAAAGCUCAGCGAUAAGACCCGUUACGACUACUUCGCCCGCACCGUGCCCCCUGACUUCUAUCAAGCCAAGGCCAUGGCUGAGAUCCUGCGUUACUUUAACUGGACCUACGUGUCGACGGUGGCGUCAGAGGGGGACUAUGGCGAGACCGGCAUCGACGCCUUCCAGCAGGAGGCCCGGACUCGCCAAAUCUGCAUCGCCACUUCAGCCAAAGUGAGCCGCUCCAUGAACCGCCAGGGCUACGAGAACGUGAUCCGCUCCCUGCAGCAGAAGUCCAACGCCAAGGUGGUGAUCCUGUUCACCCGCAGCGAGGACGCCCGCGAGCUGCUGGUGGCUGCCGCUCGGAUGAACGUCUCCCUCACCUGGGUGGCAAGUGACGGAUGGGGAGCGCAGGAGAGCGUGGUGCGGGGCAGCGAGGCCGCAGCAGACGGAGCUUUCACCAUCGAACUGGCCUCCUACCCGGUCAGAGAGUUUGAAGACUACUUCACCAAACUGAACCCGUACACCAACACAAGGAACCCGUGGUUCAAGGAGUUCUGGGAGCACCGGUUCGACUGCAGCCUCCAGGAGCACGGCUGCAGCGAGCACAGCUUGAGAGAUGGAACUUUCGAGCAGGAGUCCAAGAUCAUGUUUGUGGUGAACGCGGUCUACGCCAUGGCCUACGCUCUGCACAACAUGAGGCAAGCAGUGUGCUCCAACACAUCCAAGGUCUGCGACGCCAUGAAACCAGGUAACGGCAAACGGUUCUACAAGGAGUUCAUCCUGAAGACCAAGUUUGAAGCUCCAUUCAAACCCGCCGACACGGAGAACAUGGUGCGCUUUGACUCCGUCGGCGACGGCAUCAGCCGCUACAACAUCUUUCAUUAUCACAAGGAAGACGGGAAGUUCAUCUACAGGAAGGUGGGUUACUGGGACCAAAACCUGACCCUGAACACCACCAUGGUGCCCUGGCGUGGCCUCAUGCCGCCGACCUCCCAGUGCAGCGACCCCUGCAAGAAGAACGAGGUGAAGAGCAUGCAGCCUGGAGACGUGUGCUGCUGGAUCUGUAUCCCCUGUCAGCCCUACCAGUACCUGCAGGAUGAGUUCACCUGUGCCGACUGCAGCUUCGGUCAGUGGCCUCUGGCUAACUUGACUGGCUGCUAUGAUCUGCCUGAAGAGUACAUACGGUGGGAAGACGCCUGGGCUAUCGGGCCGGUCACCAUCUCCUGCCUCGGCAUACUGUGCACCCUGUCAGUGGUGGGCCUGUUCCUCAAGAACAAUGAGACGCCUGUGGUCAAAGCAAGUGGCCGCGAGCUCUCCUACAUCCUCUUGCUGGGCGUGCUCAUGUGCUACAGCAUGACCUUCAUCUACAUCGCCAAACCGUCCACUGCUGUCUGCACCCUGCGCAGACUCGGCCUGGGCACCUCGUUUGCGGUGUGCUACUCUGCCCUGCUCACCAAGACCAACCGCAUCGCUCGUAUCUUCAGCGGGGUGAAGGACGGAGCUCAGCGGCCGCGCUUCAUCAGUCCGGCCUCCCAAGUAGCGAUCUGCGGCGCUCUCAUCUCCUGCCAGCUACUGGUGGCUGUUAUCUGGCUGCUGGUGGAGGUGCCGGGGGUUCGGAAGGAGGUGGGCCCAGAGAGGAGAGACGUGGUGACCCUCAAGUGCAACAGCAAGGACUCCAGCAUGCUCAUGUCGCUCACCUACAACUGCAUCCUCAUCAUCCUCUGCACCGUCUACGCUUUCAAGACAAGAAAGUGCCCCGAAAACUUCAAUGAGGCCAAGUUCAUUGGGUUCACCAUGUACACCACCUGCAUCAUCUGGCUCGCCUUCCAGCCUAUCUUCUACGUCACUGCCAGCGACUACAGGGUGCAGACCACCACCAUGUGCAUCUCCGUCAGUCUGAGCGGUUCGGUGGUUCUCGGCUGCCUCUUCGCCCCCAAGAUCCACAUCAUCCUGUUUCAGCCCCAGAAAAAUGUGACCACGCUCAGAGUCACGGCCAACCGCUUCAGUGCCACGGUGUCUACGUCUGCGUCCGCUCCCAGCUCCAGCUACUCAAAAGGAUCAGCCUCCAACUACGUGCCGGCGGUUUGCAACGGCCGCGAGGUGGUGGACUCCACGACGUCGUCUUUGUGA